GGCCUUCGCCGACCCCGCUGACCUUGAGCUGAAGGGCAUGGAGAAUGCCGCCUUCCCGCUUGUGUCUCGCUGCAGCCGCGGAUUUCUCCCUGCUUCUGUUCGUUAUUCUCAUACAGACAUCAAAGUGCCUGACUUCUCUGAUUACCGUCGCGCUGAAGUUUUAGAUAGUACAACGUCUUCAAGAGAGAGCAGCGAGGCUAGAAAAGGUUUCUCCUAUUUGGUAACUGCAGCAACUACUGUGGGCGUCGCAUAUGCUGCCAAGAAUGCUGUCUCCCAGUUUGUUUCCAGCAUGAGUGCUUCUGCUGAUGUGCUGGCCAUGUCGAAAAUCGAGAUCAAGUUAUCUGAUAUUCCGGAAGGCAAGAACAUGGCUUUCAAGUGGAGAGGCAAACCCUUGUUUGUGCGCCAUAGAACCAAGAAGGAGAUUGACCAAGAAGCUGCAGUUGAAGUGUCCCAGUUGAGGGACCCACAGCAUGAUUUAGAACGCGUGAAGAAACCGGAGUGGGUUAUCCUGAUUGGUGUUUGCACGCAUCUUGGGUGUGUGCCCAUUGCAAAUGCAGGAGAUUUUGGUGGUUAUUACUGCCCUUGCCAUGGGUCACACUAUGAUGCAUCUGGCAGGAUCAGGAAGGGGCCUGCACCUCUCAAUCUCGAGGUUCCCUCGUAUGAGUUCACCAGUGAUGAUAUGGUGAUUGUUGGUUAGAGAUGGGACUCAAGUCAGGCUUCUUUCAGUCUUUUCGUUGCCUGAGAAGAAUUAAGUGAGCAAGCCUUCUGUACUUCAAGUUGGCGGAUUUGAAAUACUUGGGAAUUGGUGAUAAUGUAUUUGCAAACAUUAAUGUGAAGUAACUUGAAUUUAAUGUAGAAUACUUUCAAGCAUUUACUUAAUAAAACCACUGUUAAGCUCCAUCAUACACUUGAAGGGUGCAAUGUCUUUUGGCUAACUCUAAUUAAACAGUUACAGACUGGCA